CUUCCUUAGACCUUGCCUAGCGUAAUGUUUCCCGCGACUGGGCCUCCCGUUAGGGCUUUCUAAACUCAAGUUUCUCACUUUGUUUCUGACAGUAACACCGCAGCAUGAUGAGGGGUAGGGGAAGAUUUCUCUGAAGGUUCCACGGCCUCUUUUUGUCAGAUUCAUGGCAGCCCUUGAUUGAACAACGAACCCGACUCGCCAACUCCUGCUUUGCGGGUCCGUUGGAGUCGCUGACUCUUUUCAAAGACUCCAGGCACACAAACGUCUCCGGUGCUCUUCGGCCCCUCCCAUCCCAGGCUCAGACUCAAAGGAUCCAAGUCCAGCUGUGCAGGCGCAGUGUCAUCGUGGAGGAUUGCGGCGUCUGUGGGGACAUAGCGCCUUGCUACGUGGGCCUCCGCAGAUGGACCGAAGGGAAUGGCAAGCCUGGCAAGGCACUGACUGCCAGCACGUGUGAGUGACAUCUCAUCUUUCCGGCUGAUGUUUAACGUUUUCAUCUCGUCUCCUGUAGGGAUGAUAUUUGGUAUAUAAUCCCCCGGUCUCAUCUUCUUCUGGGAUGGUCUUGUUCUGAUCACCACCACCAUCCUUACACUCCCUCUUCAACUCUUCUUCUUUCCCCAGUCAUUCUCUCGGCCAGCUUUGAAAGCUCCCAGAUCAGGCAUCACUCUUUUUGAACGCUCAACCAGCAGCUUCACUCCUUCGCAAGCCCAAACUUCCUGUCCCUCGACGUGAAAGUCCAUACCACCUUCAGCUUCGAAUCUUUGACAGCCAUCCACCUGGCCGCCAUCUAAACUACACACAAUCCUUUUCGGAAAGAAACCCACAUACCACCUUCAACUCCAGUCAAGAUGUUCUCUACCACUUUGACCACCUUCCUUGCCGUCUCGGCUACCUUGGUCUCGGCCGCUACCAUCCCGAUCCGGGACGCCGGCAAGUCCGGUUCAUACAGCAUGACGCCCCACGACUCCUACUCUUCUUCCAUUGGUGUCCUUGGCUGCAAGAUCGACACCAACCGUGUUGCCUACUGGCCCAACCCUCUUAGCUGCAACGACAUCUGCCUUAAGGUCUCCAAUGGUGACCGCAGCGUUCACCUCCUCCGCAUCGACCAAUCUGGCGGUGCUUUCGACAUCUCCUACGACGCCUGGAACUACCUCAGCACCGGCAAGUCUGCCACUGAGGACCCGACCAUUGGUGGAGGUGUUCUCAUGAACUGGGAGGCCGUCGAUGCCAGCGAGUGCAGCCACCUUCUCAAGGACGGCAAGUUCCCUCUCUCUGCUGCCAACAGCAUGAACUACCUUACCUCCUGCCUCGCCGAGCCCGACAGCUUCGUCGCCAAGAACUACGCUCUCUACAACAUCCAGAACCCUGCUUGCACCUGGGGUGUCGAUGAGGUCUGCACUCUCAACCUGGCUGUUAGCAACCAGGCUGCCUGCCCUAGUGGCCUCGGCUCCGUCAAGACUUUGACCACCCUGCCUGUUACCAACAUUGGAUACGGCACUGGCAAGACCGCCGUCGCUGUUCAGUGAACGCGCACAAUAAGCACAGGUUGCUCAGAGAUACCAUGAUACGAUGCAUACGAAUGUUUAUGAUACAUGUACAUAUAUUAUAGAAAGGGACUAGACAGAAAAUUGGAGUCGAACAUCAUUGGAAC